AUGCGAGUAUGGAUGAGACGCCAUCUCCUUGGUUCGAUCGCCUUCCUCUGCACGGCAGCUUCGAUGGCUUGGAGUGUAGAUGAGGAUCAACAGACAAGCUCUAGCGUGACACAGGGGCGCUUUGCCCACUCGAAAUCAAGCUUUGCCGCACAGUUCGGGUUCCGCGACCCCAACUUUGGUAUUCCAAUGCCCAAUCGAGACUAUCGACUUUUGUCGAGAGACGCAUACUACAAGCUGCAAGGCAUCUAUGCGUCGACAAAUCGAUUUCUGAGGCUCGCCGGCAUCCGACAACUGCUUUCUCAGGGAAGCAUUUCCUCCCCUUCUCUGCUGCGGCGACAUCCUAGCUUUGUCAACUCCUUCGAUGGCACGACCUUCACUCCGACAGUCUAUGUCAGGAUCGCCGACGUGAUGCCCAACAAUCCUAUGGGCCGAUUCAAUCCGGAUGUAGCCAUAUUCAUGCAGGCCGUCAAAGUUCUUCAGCCGACAGUCUUUCUCACUUGGCUGGAGCUCAAGCACAUCAUCAGAGGCCCCUACGACUCCGCCUCUGACCCUAAUGGUCCCGACUUUUACAAAGUCUGGGUUCGACAUCGACGAUUCAGUGACAAAGUCUGGCUUGACGAGUUUCCUGAAGUCUACAAAUGGCCCGUCUUUGCCGAUGUGGAGCGCCUCGGGUUCAAUCCAAGCACGAUAGAUCGUGAGAUAGCCGUCUACAGCCAAGAGCGAGCGAUCGAGACAUACCCGGCGACCAGAUCACAUGCGCUUGCCACGUUUCUCGCAGCCGCUCGUCGGUACAUGUUGCAAUUUGAUACACCAACAGGCGAAGCCCUUUUCAACUCCUAUGCAUUGAUGCUGGCCCCAGUUGAUGCGUCGACCGGGCCUGAGCCAUGGUUCCAGGCUCCGGUCUUCGAAGCAUUCCAUCCGGGGCACAAUACAAUCAAGUUGAAGACAUACGAUUUCGACGGAGGCGCCUCUCCCAUCCUUGACCGUAUUCAAUACACGGCUUCGACAGACGCCUUUGGUCAUUCUGUGCUGACUCCGAUUGCCAUUGUCAGACCGCUUCAAGUAGUUCCAACAGUACGAUUUGGCACGGUCUACGUGGUACCGCAACGUUUGAGGGCAACAUCGAGCAUCGUGUUACAAACUUUGAGAGCAGUCAAAUUUCGGCUCGUUCCAGACCCAGAAUACUCACAAGGAACGGGACAUCUGGGACCAGACGCCAACUUCCUUGGCGAACGACGCCCAAUUGGACAUCCUCUCGCCUUGAUCACUGCCUCAUCCCUCGAACGUUCGAGAUCUCUGGCCGUCAAGGGCAGCAAUUCUUCUCAGGCUAUCCCAAGCGAUUCAUUGACGAAAGACGAGCUUGCUGGUCAGCGAAGCCUUGUGCCGGACUCGCGUGGACUUCCUUCGAUCGCCAGCACUUCACGCCGAGGCGAGAGCCCUCUCUCAUUCCCAAUCACCCCACAAAUAAAACAUGCUGAGCAACGCUCGAUCUUCGACUCUCGUAACGACAUGUUGAUCAGGCCAGAGGAAACUGCCGGGGCAUUUCCGCCGACUCCUGCGGGUCGACGUCGCUGGUACUUGCAGCUACUCCAGCAUGCCGAGUCCGGCCUGACUAGCUCCAGCUUCGCUCCGGCUCAAAACGACGACAAAAAGACUGGAGAAUUUGAAACUCAUGGACACUCAGUAUCGACAUCCGAUCAGAGAUCACACUAUGGGCUCAAGAGCGGGCAGACACACUCGUCCAAAGCUUCAAGAAGACCUACCACGCGGCGGAGCCAGUCCCAGUGA